AGAUUUCCAUCCAUUCCUCUCUGUCAUGCAAACUCUCUUAUUCUAUUUAUAGCCCCCUCACUCACUGAUUCACACACCAAUUACCAAAAUCUCAUAGAAAAAGAAAAAAAGAAUUCCUCUUCUUCGAUCCUCUUCAGACACAAAAUAAAUAAAAAAAAUGGUUGAAAACUACCUUCCUGCUCCCACAUACUUCAUCCUUCUCCUAAUAACCAUAACACGCUUGAUAUCCACCGUUGGCAACAAAACUGAGCAUUUGAACAACAACUCCCUCCUCUCAUCGGACCUCAUCUCCCGCCACAACCUCCACGACGACCCCGAGUCUCUAGAAUCGGCUUCUAGAGACUUCGGCAACCUAGUCCAUCAUCUCCCGCGGGCAGUGUUCCACCCGCGGUCUCCACAAGACAUAGCCUCCCUCGUGAAGACUUCGUACGAGAGCCCUGCCCCUUUCACGAUAUCCGUGAAGGGACAGGGCCACUCCACGAGGGGUCAGGCUAUGGCCAGGGGAGGGGUGGUGGUGGACAUGAGGGCCCUCAGAGAAGAAAAUAAUAGUAAUAAGAAGAAGAACAUUCGCGUGAUUUGGAGAGAGGAAGGAUACUAUGGUGACGUGGGAGGGGAGGCGCUGUGGGCGGAUGUGCUGCGGGAGGCGGCGGAGAUGGGAGUUGCACCGGCUUCUUGGACCGAUUACUUGUACUUGACUGUGGGAGGGACUCUCUCCAAUGGCGGCAUCAGUGGCCAGAGCUUCAAGUAUGGACCCCAAAUCAGCAUUGUUCAUGAAAUGGAUGUUAUCACUGGAAAAGGAGAACUAGUAACAUGCUCUUCACACACAAAUUCUGAGUUAUUUCAUGCGGUGCUUGGAGGCUUAGGACAAUUUGGCAUUAUAACAAGGGCAAGAAUUGCUCUUCACCCAGCACCAAAAAUGGUGAAAUGGGUCAGGCUUCUAUACAAUGACUUUUCUGCUUUUACCAAAGACCAAGAGCGAUUAAUCUCAAUCAAUGGAAGGAAACACAAUAAUAAUGAUAAUAAUGAUGAUGAUGUUGCAUUGGAUUAUGUGGAAGGGAUGCUACUAAUGCACCAAGGACCCAUAAAUAAUUGGAGAUCUUCUUUCUUCCCUUUAGCCGACCAUCCAAGAAUCAUUUCCCUAGUAACUCAACAUAGCAUCCUUUAUUGUCUUGAAUUGGCCAAAUAUUAUGAUGAAAAAUCUGAAAACAAUGUGGACAAGGAAAUGCAAGGUUUGCUUGAAGGACUUAGCUAUAUGCCGGGAUUUUAUUAUGAGAAAAAAGUGUCAUAUGUUGAGUUCUUGAAUAGAGUCAGAAGUGGAGAGUUGAAGCUUCAGUCACAAAGACAAUGGGAUGUUCCUCAUCCAUGGCUUAAUUUGUUUAUACCCAAAUCUCAAAUCAUGGAUUUUGAUUCCGGCGUAUUCAAGAAUAUCAUUUUCAAACGAAACAUCACCACAGGACCUGUCUUGAUUUACCCCAUGAAUAGAAGCAAGUGGGACAAAAGAAUGUCAGCAUCUAUACCAGAAGAGGAGGAUAUCUUUUAUACAGUUGGAUUUUUGCACUCAAGUGGAUUUGAUAAUUGGAAGGCAUUUGAUGCUCAAAACAAAGAAAUCUUGAAAUUUUGUAAUGAUGCUGGAAUUAAGGUUAAGCAAUAUCUUCCCCACUACAGCACACAAGAAGAUUGGACAAAACACUUUGGCCCUAAUAAAUGGAGGACUUUCUUGGAAAGAAAACUCCAAUUUGAUCCAAGAAUGAUUCUAUCACCUGGGCAGAGAAUCUUCAACAAAGAUUAACUAUUAUUUUAAAAAUAUUUUAUUUUUAAAUCAAGGUUAUCACAAAUAUUAGAAACUCCGAUUUAAACGUUUUUCACAAAGGCUAUGCUUCAAGUUGCCCAUCAUACAGUAUGAGGCAUAACUUAGUUUUGAUGGAGUGACAGAUGUCAAAUUUAUCUAAAAAAGAAUAUUUAUUUUAAUUCUGCCAUCCAAAAUCGGUUAAAAAAAUUUUCAAGUGUACCGUUGUAUUGGUAUU